AUAACUACAUCAAAAAUAUCGACGUCAACUUUUAUUUAUGCUGUUAUAGGCACUGCAUUUCUGUCGCCAACGUGUAGAGAGAAGUUUCCUUUUUCCUUUUCAGCACCUGAAAAAAAUGAAAUAUUGCUGUUUGAUUUGAUGCUGAGAAUAAUUUUUUAUCCGUUUUACUGUUAAUUCCUCGUGUUUUCCGCUGCUGCAGGUUCAGAAAAGAGUGUGUAGUGAAUGAGUAGUGAAAUAUAUCCUAUUAUUGUGGGUCCUCCUUUUAUUCCAUUAAUGUAUGGUCACUCAGCAUCUUCAUCGGCACAAAAUGGCCACGGCGGCCACAGCCAAUGACCAUACUAUACACACACCUGCUAUCAAGUCCACUUCAGAACGAAUUAUUCCAAAAAAACAAAAAAACACAACCCCCCUACCCACUCCCACUCCCCAAUCCACACUCCCUUCUAAUCUGUUCAAAUCGCCACAAUCCCCCCAGUAUCCUGCAGUUGCAACAUUGGUUCUCAAUCAUUUACUUUUGUCACGCUCCUUCGCAUAUAGUUUGUUUUCGUGUUUAGUUAUUUAUGAGUACGGAAUACUGCUGGCAUUACAUUUAAUUCAGAGACAGCAAAUGUACCAGCUACGAAUGGCUGAGCCAGAGAUAUACCAAAUAGCAGACCACAUCAACCGUCAUUAUCCAAAGGUAUUCUCCAAUCAGAAAUACACUCUAUCAAACGACAUAAGCGGUGGCCACUGGAAUUAAAUGAAAACAAGGCAUCAACAAUGCUAGACACCACACAAGCACGGCCAUGGCAUCGUGAUUGCGUGAACAACUAAUCUGUACAACAUAAUCUGUUUAUGCUAGCAGUGCUUCUUUCUCUUCUAUGCCGCCAUAUAGCUGCCAAUCGGGCACUCCGGGGGGACAUUUACCAUCAAAACCGCAAUAAACACAUCAUCACAGUUUAAUCAGCGCCGUUAUUGCAUCAGUACUGCAAUUGCAAUAGGAAGAAGGGACAGAACAGGCAGAGAACAAUGCAAUCAAGACCAUCACUGAACAAUACACUUGUAUAGUCCUACCAUUCGCAAUAUCCACAAGCAUGAUGCAAGUGGGUUUGUAUGCGCAGUCGCUGCAGUGUCACUUCUUUGGCCGGAUGCAGAAUGCGCAGGGCUGCUCUUAAUUAUCUGCAUCUGCUGCCAUUAGUGCCGCCGCCUAACUUCCACUUAUAUCUAUCCAUUUCAGUUACAAUCGGGCAAUCCGCUCAAUUUCCCACAAUUUAUACUCACUCCUUGUCCCUCUUCUCUUAACAAAACUGAUCAGCUCAGAAAAACAAACACACAAAGAACAAACAACAUGGAUUUGUGGAGAAAAUACAUUAUAAUUGUUGUUUGGGUGGUGUCUAUCUACUACUGAAUAGUGCCUAUCUGGUUACUGUCUGAUUCCAUGUUCCACGAUGCUGGAGUUCACAAAGAACACUUUUUCCAGUGCCUUGGCUCGCUUUCAGUCAAACACAGCUCCACCAGUUGUGACGCAUUCCAAUGCAUCUUGUAAGACAUUCAACCAAUCUGACCAACGCCAACUCACUGACCAAGUCCAGCAGAAUCAUCAGCAGUUCCAGCAUGUCCAUUCGGCUACUUUUCAGGAGCCUCAGCAUCAUGAGGAACUACAAGCAGAAAGUGUACAACAAGUAUCACAUCACAAGGAUAAACAUAAUGAUCAUCAGGAGUUGCAUCUUCAACUGCCGCAGUGUGAUUCAUCGAUCUGGUUACCCGACAACAACUCCAUCGACAACAACAAUAGCCAGAUUAAAACCAUAAAAACGUGCCCUGAAAAGAGGCCAGAUUGUUUCACCAAUGAAACAACUCCUGUUUACGCCACUGGGAGUGAACAGUACACUUGUCAGGACUAUUCUGCAAGUGCUCAAAAUUCGAACGGAUCCGCUGAGACUUUUCUUGAUACUACAAAUGAUGAGCCGAGAAAAGUGGCUGCUCUUUUUCAAACAGCUGAGACGGAUUCCUCCGCUACUUUUUGGCCUCCCAACAAAACGGACUUUUAUCGAGAUAGUGGCGGAAGUGACGAUGAUCCCAGGAAGCAAGAGAGGAGCGAACGCGAGCAGGAAAACCCUGAACAUCAUUUGAACAUGCCUGGCAUAUGUAGGCCAUCAACCUGCUUGGACAUAGACACUUCUUUACAGGUUUCAACUAAUUUGGGACCACUUGAUGACCAAGUGCGCAACUCAAAUGAUGUUGCGCCAAAUCACUUUUCAGGCCCUGGAAGCGAGUUUAAUAUUGCUUAUGAGAGUAUGGACAGCACAAGAGACCACAGCAGAUACAUGAUACCCGCAACACACGGGCCUCUUUUCAACAUAAAUCGAGGAGACAAGCUAGAGGGAAAAGAAGAAGAAGAAGAAGAAGAAGAAGAAGAAGAAGAAGAAGAAGAAGAACUUUACAUCAACGUGAACUCUCUUAGUUUGCAGUCAAAAGAGCAAAGCAGUUACAACACUGCACUAGGGUAUCAUGAAUACUCGAUUAAUCACUGCUCGCUAGCAGACUCAAGCAGAUUAGGAGAGCAUCCGCCGCAUGAUUUGCCUCCCUCACAUCAAAAUGUCCAAACGGGGUCUCAAAGUCUAGUCGAGCAACAUGCAGCGACAACAUCUCAGAACUUUCCAUCAUUAGCUGCAGAUGAUGGGAAGGAAGGGUGGGAUUAUUAUAGCCAAUUAACAUGCGAUUAUUCAGCCUUAGAAGCAGAUUACGAGUAUGAAAAUAUGGGUGAUUUGAGGGAGCAGAUCAAUCGACGUGAUCAGAUUCGUUUGGACGCAUUUAGAGACAGAGAUAAGGAGACAAAUGAGCUUCUACUUGGUUCUCGCUAUGACUUUGAGUCCGGUGGGAUUUUGGGAGAAAGAGCGGCGGCGGCGGCAGUGGCAACAAGUCACUGGGAUUACUAA